UUGAAUGUGCAUUUAUUUUCGACAUAAAAUAACCACUUGGCUGUUAGGUUUCUAAAACAGUGAACCAGUAUUUACACGCUCCUUUCAAUUUGUUAAGAAAUUAUACAAUGAGGGGGACAGGUUUAGAGAAUUUUUGGAAAAAUAUGCUGGAAAUUUCGAAAUACCCUUCCGCCGUUUUCAACACACCCGAUUUUUUUAUGCUUUGUUCUUCUGCCGGUAAAUACACCCCAUAAACAACGAAAAUAUCCCUUUUAAGCCUUGGUAAGUUACAUUGUGAUUGCCUUUAAUUACCAGGCUUUGAGACUGUUUUGCUUCUGUUGAGUUAUUACCACGUUUUGCAGGAGUAUUUUUGCUACGAAUCUUGGGCCAUUGCGGUUGAGAGGGGAGGUCGCGUCCAUUCAAAAUGGCGACCGGUGAACGUUUUCUUCAUGUCGGGGUCGAAUUAAUAAUGACCAUUUUCGCCAUUCACGCGGCCGCGCUGUUUCAGAUCACAACCCUUUGACACACCUUUAUUUGUAGAUUAUUCACAUAUCCCAACUUGACCCAGCAUUGGAUCUCUAAGGGUGAAUUUUGUCAAUAUUUUGCAGACUGCCGGGCCCCUCAGACCACAAAUUGGCGAAGGGCAUACAAUGGAACAAGAUGGCCGACAGCCUGUUUGGCCACCGCACUAUGUGGUGGAUGGCGGAAAUAACGUAGAUGAGUACCAAGCGACCGGGCAAGAUGACGCAAUGCAGCACAAUGGUGUCUCGAGUUCAGAGGGAGUGGGUGAGAGACCACGUGCCUUCCGCCCUUACAUGGCAGGCUAUGAACCCGAACCCAGCGGGCAGGCCUUCAGCGACAAUGAGCCCCAGUCCACAGUGAGGGAGAGCGACAUUGCAGUGGUCAGUUAUCAGGACCAAGCUUUGCCAGCCACCCCGGACAAUGAAGCUGUCCCAGUGCAGAACCCUCUCACUCCAGAUUCCAGCCUGCCACCAGACUCACCCGUCCUCCACCAAAUGGAACCUCCUGCCCAGUCAGCCAGCCAAUCCCUGCCCCAGGUGGACCAAAUGUACAGUGCGCCGGCACCACUCGAGAACAGGAUGGGGGCUGCAGCCGACGCCAGCGACCGUGCUGACGGAAGGGAUGUUUUGGUGAUGAUGGUUGAAGGAGGUGGGGUGUUAGCGGAACAAGUUGGCCCAGGACCGUCAGGUGCCUCUACAUCUGCAGCAGUGGCAGAGCACCAAUUUGAAGGGCGGCGCUCUACUCGGUUGUCGCAGCUUUCUCAACUACCAAGUACUUCUGGGAAGUACUUUGGAGACCAAGAGGCAGAAUCUUUGGGAGUAUUUGCCAAGCGAUCCAUCCCCAAGCGCACCCAGUUUGGUCCAUUGGAAGGCAAGGUCGUCAGGCCAGAGUCGCUCCACAAAGGGGCUUUUAAAUGGCUGGUCAAGCGUGAUGGAAAGGACAUUCACCUAGACUGCAGCGAUGAGCAGGAGAGCAACUGGAUGGGCUUCAUCCGGCCAGCCAAGCGCUACAGCGAGCAGAACCUCAUCGCUUUUCAGAUGGAGAAUGCCAUCUACUUCGCCACCAUCAAGAUGGUGGAGGCCAAGACCGAGCUGAAGGUGUGGUACGCCAAGUCCUAUGCUGAACUGAUUGGGGAGAAAGUGCUGGAGAUCACACCUGAGGAGGCAGCAGAACUCCAGGACAAGGAGAACUCCUGGCCCUGCUUUGAAUGCAGCCGUAAAUUCCGCACAUCAGAACUACUCCAGAAACAUCUGACCACCCACGAUGCUGUGCACGCUCGCCCAUCCCGUGGCCGGGCGAGAGGUCGCAGGGGUCGCCCUCGAAAGUACCCCGAGGGGUACCAGCGGAAGCAGAUGAUGGCCCAAGCCAAGCUGCGGCAGUCCCGCCGGAUCCAGCGGAAGAAGCCCGAGCUCUACCACUGCAACAUGUGCCCCAAGGCCUUCCCCCGGCUAUACAGCCUCCAGCGCCACAUGGUCAUGCACUCAGGCGAGAAGAACUUCACCUGUAACAUCUGCAACAAGACAUUUGCCCACAUUUACAACCGCACUCGGCACCUAAGGCGCCAUGAGGAGAAGGGGGAAUACCCUGGCAUGCCGCUUAGCAAGCAGUCGGUGCAGUCCAGCUGGGGCUGUGACAACUGCGACUUGGAGUUUGAAAGUGAGGAGCUCUUGAACCUUCACGAGCUGACACACUCUCCAUCACUGACUGAUCCCGAAUGGGAAGAGGGAGAAGAAGGACCCAUGGCCGUGGCAGCACGUCUGCUUGUGGACGCCUCAUCAAUAGUUGGAAGCAAUCCAUCAGGAGAGGGCACAUCUUCUCAAUCUUUCGAUCCCCAGGGCCAAUCAGCCAUAUCUGUUCAAAUUCAGAUGUCCGGGCAGCCUGCAGUCAAUCAGCAUUCCCAAGCAACAAGCGGAUUUACCCCUGGAGUUCCUUCCUCUGUCCAGGCAUCCAACCAGCCAAAAACAUCAGCUCAACAGACCUACCAGCUCCCAACAUCGGCUCCACAGACGACUGGGUCGGUAUCCUACCCCCAAGUCCCCAAUCAGCCAAUUAUGCAGGGACUUUCCACACAGGUUUCUGCACCACCCCAGUAUCCAUCCCACAGUCAGGUGCCUGUCCUGGCACAGCCACCUGCGCAGCCUCAGCCCCAAGCUCAGCCUCAGACCCAGCUCCCAGCCCAGCCCCAGGGACCUAGUGGUCUUUCAGGGCCGCAAGUGAUUUUCCAAGGCAGCGCCCCUGCAGGAUCCGGCCAGGCAGCCCAGAGUCAGGAAGGGUCUCAGGUCCCCGAGAGUCCUCUUAGCUGCCCUGAGUGCAAUGAGGUCUUCCCUAGUCGGAAAUUCCUGGCUCUCCAUGCAUCUGCUCAUGGAAAGAAUCGCCCUGCUUCUGAAAAGCCUAUGCAGAUUCACAGGUGCGGGCAGUGUAGCAAGGUUUUCAAGGACAAGAGUCGGUAUGAGAAACACCUCAAUGUCCACUCCAGUGAUGCUGUCAAGCCGCUGCAGUGCAGUGUCUGCUCCAAGCGCUUUAUGAGCAACUCGGCCAUUGCCUGCCACAUGAAGGUCCACACAGUGCAGAAAUACUACAAGUGUCCCUUCUGCGAAGAGGGCUUUGACCGAAUGGAGCAGCUGCGUAGCCACGUGCCCUACCACACCAUCAACGGGCUUUACACCUGCCCCCACUGCAACAAGCAGUUCAAAGAUUACCCGCAGAUCCGGAAGCACAUCCGGGGCUUCCACUCCCAGAAGGAGUUCCCCUGCCCCCACUGUGAUCGGAUCUUUCCCCGGCCAGACAAGCUGAAGCUGCACAUGUUGCGCCACUCGGACCACAAAGACUUCCUGUGUGCCAAUUGUGGCAAGCAGUUCAAGCGCAAGGAUAAGCUGAAGGAGCACAUGCACCGGAUGCACAACCCCAAGCGGGAGGCAGCCAACCUAGCUCUGGCCAAGCAGCCUAAGAAAGCACCCUUCAAGCCCAAGUUUGCCCCGACAGACAUGAACGCUUUCACAUUCAAGUGUCGCCUGUGCGCCAUCGGGUUCAAGAGGCGUGGAAUGCUGGUCAAUCACUUGGCCAAGCAGCAUCCAGAGACCCCACCAGAGUCUGUGCCCGAGCUUAACCUGCCCAUUGUCAAACCCAAUCGCAACUACUUCUGCGCCUACUGUGAGAAGGUCUACAAGAGCAGUAGUAAACGGAAGAUCCACAUUUUGAAGAAUCACCCAGGGUCGACUGUACCACCAAGUCUCCGGAAAACCAAGGGUGAUCCCAACAGCCCCCUUGGUGACCCCCACACUGCACCUGCUGGUACUACAACUACCCACUACUUUGCUUGUGCCCACUGUCCACGGCAGUACAGCACUAAGGCCAAGAUGAUGGAUCAUGUGCGCAAGAAGCAUAUGGAUCCAGUGCAGCAGUCCUCAACAUCUACCACCCCGGCGACUGUGACCGUCCUUCAGCAGCCUGACAGUCAGUUGUAUCAAGAUGGUCAGCAGGUCACCCAGAUAGCUGUGGUGGCUCACGUGCAGGACGGCAUGCCUGAUACAGUCUACAUCCAGGAGGCUUCAGACUAUCAACAGGUCAGCGAAGUCCAGACCAUCACACCAGUGGCACUCACCAACAACAUUUCAGGACAGACCCACCAGCCCAUCUUGACAUCCUCGCUGCACGGCCAAGCUGCCCAGGUCAUUGCAACAAUUGCUGCUGCAGCCCAAGAGGCGGCCCAGCAGCAACAGCAGCAGACCAACCAGGAAACGCAGAUCAUCCGCCAGCCAGAGCUGAUCCGGUACAUUGAUGCCAGCAGUGCUACCCCUGUCCAGACAGAGUCGGUCCAAGCAGCAGACCUCCUGACCCAAGCCAUGUCCGAGCUCUCCCAGUCCAUCGAGUUCCGUCAGCAGCCGGUGAGUGACUACCAACACCUGACCCAGCGCAUCAUUCAGCACGUGCAGCCUGGUGGGAUCCAGCUCCAGCCACAGACGAUCCAGGUCUCUCAGAUCCCGGUCUCCCAGAUUCCUGUGUCUCAGGUCACUGCCACCCAGAUCCCUGUCUCACACAUCGCAGUGACCCAGGCAAGCAUCGCUGUGACACAGAUCCCCAUCACUUACGUCACACAGAGCACGACAUCCAGUGGCAGCAUCACAGCGACUCCGCCUGUGGUGGACGUCAGCCAGCUCCGCCAAUCUGACUCUCCAUAUCAGCCUCAGCUUCUAAACUUGCAGAACAGCACACAGCCAAUGAGCUCUCCAACAACAAUUCAGCACCAGCAGCAAGAUCAACAGCAGCAACAACAGCCACAGCAACAGCAGCAACAACAGCCACAACAACAGCAACAACAACAGCAACAACAGCAGCAGCAGACAGUUUUCAUUCAGCGUUCAUGGGCAAAUUAUACACCGCAGUAUCGUUAAUGGUGCAUGUACUCUAGAAAUAGAACAGUUUGAAAUAUGUAGCAGCAACAAGAUGUAUGGCUGUAGUAACAUCGAGGGAGAUCUUCGCCUU